AUGAUCAAAGGCGUCGAACCCAGAUCCCUCGUUGAACUAUUCUGCAUUCACCAGCUGAAUAUUCCUUUUUUCCCGAGGAGACGCAUGAAUGUGUACGGCCAUCAUGAUUUGCUGAUGAAGGCAGAAUUCCUCUUCUUCUGGGUCCCAACGUUUAUUAUUUGGUCUCUUACGAUUCCUGUAUUCACGAUGUUGUAUAUGGUGGAUGAGGCGGUGUACACGGCGAUGACUGUGAAGGUAAUAGGCAGACAGUGGUAUUGGAUUUAUGAGGUGGAAUCUCCAGCAGACUGA